AAGCUCGCAAAAACCCUAGCCCCCAUUUCCCUUUCUAAUUUCCUCCUCUCUCGAUCUUUUCUCGUCUUCGUUACUUUCUCCGGUAGCUGAUUCAGUCGGAGUUUCCAUUGCCGUCUUCUCCAGAGGUUUAGUUUCCUUCAGCUUGAGUCGGUGCCUGAGUCGGCGAAGAGCCGGAUUUCAGCUUCUAGAACCAUGUUGAAGUGUGUACUUCAGAAGUUGUCUACUUGUGGACAUGGUGAAAUUAGUUCUUGUAGGUUUGCACAAGCAAAGGGUUUCCACAGUGGGCAGUUGCUUCUAGCCCCGAGAAGUUUUUUCGGAGUUGAAGAUUAUCUUGACGACGAAAAUAGCAAACCAUAUACUUACCAGAAGGAGAAGAAAUCGAAGAAUCCCAACAAGCAUAUAUCUUUCAAGCAAAGGACCGUAGCCUUUAUGGAACCAUUCACACUCGAUGUGUUGAUCUCGAAAAGAUUUGUGACAGCUUCACUCACACAUAGGGUAACGAGCAAGCAAGUUGCGGUUGCAGGAACAAACUCAAAAGACAUAAAGGCCGCACUAAAGUCAAGAGCGGAUAUACCUGCUUGUUUAUCGAUUGGUCGGAUAUUAGCUGACAGGGCAAGAGAAGCUGAUGUGUACACGGCUUCUUAUACACCUAGGGACAGGGACAAAUUUGAAGGGAAGAUAAGGGCAGUUGUUCAGUCCCUUAUUGAUAAUGGUAUUGAUGUUAAAGUGUACCUAGAUUGAUUAAGAUACUUUAUGACAUUUUGUUUCAAAAACAAAGUUGCUAAUUUGUGUCAUGAUUUGGUUUAGAGUGGUUUAUACUCUAAUUGAUAUUUUGGAUUGUAGUUAAUUUUAUUUUCCAAUUUUAUAACUA